UCCAGGAGCCUUCUCAGUCCAGUCGUUUCUCCGUGUCUCUGAGCGGCGAGCUCACCAUCGCCGACGUGCAAGUGGAAGACUCUGGCUUCUACAUCUGCCAGGCCAUCAGCGUGGCUGGAAGCAUCCUGACCAAAGCCCUGCUGGAGGUGGAAAGCGCUCCCUCAGACAGGGUCCCCCCCAUCAUCCGCCAGGGGCCGGGGAAUCACACCCUGGCCCCCGGGUCCACGGCUCAGCUGCACUGCCACGUCAUGGGAAACCCCUUCCCCAGCAUUCAGUGGGAGAAGGACGGCCAGAGGAUCCUGGGAAACGACGGCCGGAUCACCCUGAUGGAAAACGGCACCUUUCAGAUCACCAGCCUCCAGGAAACGGAUUCAGGAGUUUACACCUGCCUGGCUUCCAGCUCCAGCGGAGAGACGAGUUGGAGUGGAGUGCUCACAGUCAAAGAGAGCGCCGACCCGAUGGUCACUCAGGCCACGGAGCCCUUCCAGCUGCCGGGGCCCCCCCACAAACCCAUCGUCACAGAUGUGUCCAAGAACAGCGUCUCUCUGACCUGGCAACCCAACGCUCAUGAGGGCGGAGCCGCUGUCACCUCCUACAUCAUCGAGGCCUUCAGCCAAUCAGCAGGCAGCACGUGGCAGACUGUGGCAGACACGGUGAAGAUGGAAACGCACACCAUCACAGGCCUGCUGCCCAACACCGUCUACCUGUUCAUCGUCCGAGCCGUCAACGCCUACGGCCUGAGCGACCCCAGCCCCAUCUCCGAGCCCGUCAGGACGCAGGACGUGAGUCCCACGGGGCAGGGGGUGGACCACCGGCAGGUGCAGAGGGAGCUGGGAGAGGUGGCUGUCCAGCUCCAAGACCCCGUCAUGCUCACAACCACCUCCAUGCGGGUGUCCUGGACGGUGGACCGCCAGUCUCCGUACGUCCAGGGCUACCGCCUGUUCUACCGCCCCAGCGGGGGAACCUGGCUCCUUCAGGACAUCAACUCUCCCUCGGAGCGCAGCACCGUCCUCAGCGGCCUGCUGAAAGGAACAGAGUACGAGAUGAAGAUCCGUCCGUACUUCGACGAGUUCCAGGGAAAGGACAGCCGGACGCUGCUGAUCCGAACGCGAGAAGAAGUCCCCAGCGCCCCCCCUAGAGGAGUCACAGUGGCAACCGCGAAGCUCGGCAACAGCUCCAGCAUCAGCGUCAGCUGGGAGCCUCCGCCCAGCGACACGCGGAACGGCAUCAUCCAGGAGUACAGGGUGUGGUGUGUGGGCAGCGGCGCCGAUAACCAGACGCGCUACUACAUCAACAGGACGGUGGACGGAAGCACGCUGUCCACGGUGCUGAAAGGCCUCCUCCCCGCCGUGCUCUACCAGGUGGAGGUGGCGGCAGUGACCGGCGCCGGCGUCGGAGCCCGCAGUUCGCCGGUGUCUGUCCUCCUCAAGCUGCCGGCUGAACAGCCAACGGCGCCCGGCGGCGGCGGCGGCGAAGAGGGCAGCGUGAGUCUGGCCGAGCAGAUCACUGACGUGGUGAAGCAGCCGGCGUUCAUCGCGGGCAUCGGCGGCGCCUGCUGGGUCAUCCUGAUGGGCUUCAGCCUGUGGAUCUACUGCCGCCGCAAGAAGAGGAAGGAGCUGAGCCACUACACCGCCUCCUUCGCCUACACACCAGCAGUUGGUUUCCCUCAUGCGGAGGCCUCGGCGCUCAGUGGGAGGCCGGGGGUGCUGGGGGGGAACUACCCGUGGCUGGCAGACUCCUGGCCCACCACCAACCUGGUCCACAGCAGCAAGGAGGCCGUGAACUGUUGCCCCAGCAACCACGACAGCACUGAGCGAUACUACAACGAAGCCGGCAUCUCCAACUACCUGAACCAGACGGAGAAGUACAGCCUGGGAGGCUCCACCGACGGUCCCAUCUACAGCACCAUUGACGCCACCAGCGAGGACCUGCACAGCUUCGCCACCGCCCCCUACGCCACCGCCGCCAUCAUGCCCUUCUCCGCUCAGACGCAGGGAGCAGCUUUCAGUGGGGAGCAGCAGGACGAGGGCCGCUGGAUCCCCCAGCAGGGCCCCUCUGGGGCCCAGUACGCCCAGCCGGACCGCUGCAGCGGUAAACCGAAGCAGAAGGCGAUGGGGAAGGCUGUGAAGACCCCGUCUCUGACCUGGAUGGAGGCGUUGCCCCCACCUCCACCCAUCGUAGAGCUGGAGCAGUGCGAGCCAGACAGCCAGCUGCCGCAGGACGAUGACAUGGAUGGCGGCUCAGAGGAGGAGUGGUGCCCCCCCCUUCCUGAGAGGACCUACCUGAUGGAAGGCUGUGAAGACCAGAGGAACAUCACGUCUUCUCCUGCCACCUCCUACAGCCACCGCUCCACCGCCACCCUCACCCCCUCCCCCCAGGAGGAGGCGGGAGCCCCCGGUGACCAGCCGCCAUCACGGCGCCCGCCCUGCGGCCCGGUGCCGGCGCCGCCGCUCGCCCAGUCCAGCCAGCAGAACCUCGGCCUCACAGACGCCGGCGCGCUGCAGGUCCAAAGCCCCGCCCACUGCUGCCUCCACAGCCAGGGGACGACGGGGAACGAGGAGAGAGCUUCGACGCCUGUGCACAGCCGCUCGUCUCCAGCAGAGACCUGCACUCCUCCCAACCAGAAGUCCAGAGUGAAGAAGAAGGUGACCAAGACGUCGGCGUACAGGAGGGAGCUGCAAGGAGACCUCCCCCCGCCCCCGGAGCCCCCCCCUGGGGAGCCCAGCAGCCUGCCGACCAGCAGCCGCUCCUCCCUGGAGAGGAGCGAAUACAGCAGCCAGCGGAACCGAUCGGGACCAAAUCACGGCGACAAUGAAGAGGUGGCGGCCUACAGCAGUCGCAGCGGCUACCUGUCCAGGAGUAACUGCUCCACCACGGGAAGCUCCUCCUCCAGAGGCUCCAGCGGCUCCCGGGGCCUCGCCCCCCCCAGGAAACACAGCGAGGAAAUGAGAUAAGGAGCCCCAUCAGCCCCCCCCAUCCUCUGACGGCGAGGAGAAGCUCGCCGUGUUCAACAAGCUACACUUACUGCUGUGAAAGAAGAAUAACUGACCUUUGCUAUUAGAGUUAUUUAUGAGUUGGAGUUCACUCACCCUGCUUACUUUGUAAAUACCUGUCUGUACUGUUCUGUUGUGAGCUCUGGAUACAGGGAGAGAGACCUAUAUUGUAUUUAUGAUGAUCAAAAAAAACAAAACUCAAAGGAUAAAAAACGUCUGUUAUAAUGGAAAAUGUCUUCUUGAAUGUGCCAACUCUUUGUCGCCAUGUAAACCUUUAGGGAAAGCAUUAACUACUGUUGCACAGAACAACAGAAACUAAGAAGCACAAAGUUUGUUUGCUGGUUGAGGAGAGGUGGAAAAGCCAAAAACAUCCCUGAGGGAUGCCCUGCGUCACGGCGUCCGUCCAGUGUCCUUCGUCUGGUUCCUCUGCAGCCUUCGCUGGCUGACUGACAGGCUUUAUGAAAGUUUGAUUGUACCCCCCCUCCCCCUUUAUACAGCUGAGAGACUGUUUGCUGCAGUUCUGAAAAGAAUUUUUCAUAAACUCCUUUGAAAACAAAAAAAAAUGUCUGUUCGCUGACUUUUUGUACUCUUGUUGUUUUGUAAAUGUACAAUAAAU